UACAGUGUUGUUUACUAUGGUUGAAUGGCAUAACACUAGCUAUAGCAUAACGUUUUAAACAGAGAGAGAAAAAACUAUGUAAAAUAAAAAAGAGAGAAAAGGGGUGCAGAGUUUGCAGGUUCUACCAGAAAUGGUGCCAGAAGGUUUUAACUUUAUGUGUGAAAUAAUUUUCCUCUCUCUCUCUCUCUUCUUUUUCUCCCUUCAUUUCACACUUGUAUUAGGGGGUGAUGUUUGUGGCAGAACGAUGUGAUUGAACAGCCAAAGCUGUGAACUUGGUCUGUGUAAAAAAAAAUAAAAAAAUCAUAACAUGAAAUUCUAACUACUAUAAUCACAUGAAAUGCUAGAGGAUAAUAACAAUACACAGAAGAUUAGUCUCAAACACACCUCCUCUCCUUACCCUUUUCUUCAAUCAUAUUUGAAUGGUGUUUGGUGUCGCUCCAGUUGAAGCUUAACACACCUCCUGUUUUUUCUUUCUUUCUUUAUUUCUUUCUUCUUCUACUACUACUGGUUCUAUUGUGGUUCCUUGUGUUGUGCAUGAACAAGAGGUGAACAAAGAGCUUGGGGGUUGGUGGGAGUUGAGUGGUUUGAUGGUUAAGGUUGUGUGAGGUUGAAGUCCUGCAGUUGUAGCUAUGGCAUUUGGAUUUGGGGUCCUUCUUCUUGCUUUGCUCGUUUGUUUCAAUGUCAAUUCUGUGGAUUCUGAUGAUGGAGCAACGUUGUUAGAGAUAAAGAAGGCAUUCAGGGAUGUGGACAAUGUUCUAUAUGAUUGGACAGAUUCACCAUCAUCAGAUUAUUGCGCUUGGAGAGGGAUCACUUGUGAUAAUGUUACCUUUAAUGUUGUUGCACUCAAUCUUUCAGGGUUGAAUCUUGAUGGUGAAAUUUCACCUGCCAUAGGGAACCUUAAGAGUUUGGUCUCUAUUGACCUCAGAGAAAACCGGUUAUCAGGGCAGAUACCAGAUGAGAUUGGUGACUGUUCUUCCUUGAAGAGCUUGGACUUGUCUUUUAAUGAAAUAAGAGGGGAUAUACCAUUUUCAAUUUCUAAGUUGAAACAACUGGAAAAUCUGAUUUUGAAAAAUAAUCAGUUGAUUGGACCAAUUCCUUCAACUUUGUCUCAGAUUCCUAAUUUGAAGAUUCUAGACCUGGCUCAAAACAAUCUCAGUGGUGAGAUACCAAGGCUUAUAUACUGGAAUGAAGUUUUGCAGUAUCUGGGGUUGAGAGGGAACAAUUUGGUCGGUUCACUAUCACCAGACAUGUGCCAGUUAACAGGGUUGUGGUAUUUUGAUAUGAGAAACAAUAGCUUGACAGGAAGUAUUCCAGAAAACAUAGGCAACUGUACUGCGUUCCAGGUCUUGGAUUUAUCCUACAACCAGCUAACUGGAGAGAUACCAUUCAAUAUUGGAUUCUUGCAAGUAGCAACAUUGUCAUUGCAAGGCAAUAAACUCUCUGGGCACAUUCCUUCUGUGAUCGGUCUCAUGCAAGCACUUGCUGUCUUAGACUUGAGUUGUAACAUGUUAAGUGGAUCAAUCCCUUCUAUUUUGGGAAAUUUGACUUACACAGAAAAAUUGUACUUGCAUGGAAACAAGCUGACUGGCCUCAUUCCCCCAGAGCUUGGGAAUAUGACAAAGCUUCACUAUUUGGAACUGAAUGAUAACCAUAUAGAUGGACAUAUCCCACCUGAACUUGGAAAGCUUACUGAUCUGUUUGACUUAAAUGUUGCUAACAACAAUCUUGAGGGGCCAAUUCCUGGUAAUAUUAGCUCAUGUAAAAAUCUUAACAGCCUCAAUGUGCACGGGAACAGAUUGAAUGGAACUAUUCCCCCAGCUUUGCAGAGCUUGGAGAGCAUGACCUCUCUGAAUCUUUCUUCCAACAAUCUUCAAGGCGCAAUUCCAAUUGAACUGUCACGGAUUGGUAAUUUGGAUACAUUGGAUAUUUCAAACAAUAAUUUAGUUGGUUUCAUCCCUUCUUCCCUUGGUGACUUGGAACAUCUUCUGAAGCUGAAUCUGAGCAGAAACAAUUUAACAGGAGUUAUUCCAGCUGAAUUUGGAAAUCUUAGAAGUGUUAUGGAAAUUGAUCUUUCAAAUAAUGAACUCUCUGGGUUGAUUCCUGACGAACUUAGUCAGCUUCAGAACAUGAUAUCCUUGAGGCUUGAAAACAACAAAUUAACUGGGGAUGUGGCAUCACUUACAAAUUGCCUUAGUCUCUCUCUCCUUAACGUGUCCUAUAACAAACUAGUUGGUGUUAUUCCCACAAACAACAACUUUUCCAGGUUUCCCCCUGACAGUUUCAUUGGAAACCCUGGCCUUUGUGGUAAUUGGCUGAAUUUGCCAUGUCAUGGCUCUCACCCUGCAGAGCGAGUUACAUUAUCUAAGGCAGCUAUUCUGGGAAUUACACUUGGAGCCCUUGUAAUUCUUCUUAUGAUAUUGCUGGCAGCUUGCCGACCCCACAAUCCAUCUCCUUUUGCUGAUGGAUCACUUGACAAGCCAGUUAAUUACUCACCUCCAAAACUAGUGAUUCUUCAUAUGAAUAUGGCACUUCAUGUGUAUGAAGAUAUCAUGAGGAUGACUGAAAACCUGAGUGAGAAGUAUAUAAUUGGAUAUGGUGCAUCAAGUACAGUUUAUAAAUGUGUUCUCAAGAAUUGCAAACCAGUGGCCAUCAAAAGGCUCUAUUCUCACUAUCCACAAUGCUUGAAAGAAUUUGAAACUGAACUUGAGACAGUUGGAAGCAUUAAGCACAGGAAUCUGGUCAGUCUCCAAGGCUAUUCUUUGUCCCCAUAUGGCCACCUUCUGUUUUAUGACUACAUGGAAAAUGGCAGUCUAUGGGAUCUUCUUCAUGGACCCACCAAGAAGAAGAAACUUGACUGGGAUUUGCGUCUAAAAAUAGGACUUGGAGCAGCACAAGGGCUAGCUUAUCUACACCAUGAUUGCAGUCCUCGAAUCAUCCACAGGGAUGUGAAGUCAUCGAACAUUUUAUUAGAUGCUGACUUUGAGCCGCAUCUCACUGAUUUUGGCAUUGCCAAAAGUCUCUGUCCUUCAAAGUCCCAUACUUCUACUUACAUAAUGGGCACAAUUGGCUACAUAGACCCUGAGUAUGCUAGAACAUCACGACUCACUGAGAAGUCUGAUGUGUACAGCUAUGGUAUUGUUUUACUUGAGUUGCUAACUGGGAGAAAAGCUGUUGACAAUGAAUCCAAUCUCCAUCAUCUGAUUUUGUCCAAGACAGCAAACAAUGCUGUAAUGGAAACAGUUGAUCCAGACAUUACGGCCACAUGCAAGGACCUUGGAGCUGUGAAAAAGGUUUAUCAGCUUGCACUACUAUGCACAAAGAGGCAACCAGCUGAUAGACCCACAAUGCAUGAAGUGGCACGUGUGCUGGGAAGUCUUGUGCCAUCAAGCUUCCCACCAAAACAACCAGCUACACUCCCACCUCCUUCAAAUCCAUCAGCUAAAGUGCCAUGCUACAUGGAUGAGUAUGCAAAUCUCAAGACUCCACACUUGGUUAAUUGUCCAUCCAUGAGCACUUCUGAUGCCCAGCUCUUCCUCAAGUUUGGAGAGGUAAUCUCUCAGAACAGUGAGGAUUUUGAAAGAGCCAAAUCUAAGAAUCAUGUAUAUUAAAAACCCCUAAAGUGAAAAAAAAAAUGGAUGAGGCAAGGCAAGGAAGAGUGGGUGUACAAGGUAAUGAGAAUGUUUAUAAAAAUUUUAGUCCUAGUCUGUAUUGUUAUUUUGAACAGAAAAGAUGUUUAUCACACUUUACUACAAGUUGAAAGGUGUAGUAAUCCAAUUCUUGUACUUGUUUGGGUAGCACACAAGAUUGUAGUAGUAAAGUUAAGGGACUGGGUCCACUGAGAAAGGUGGGGUAGCUAAAGGGUCUUAAUGGAAAGGGAAAUCAGUGCAUAAUGUGUGAGCAGCAAUAAUGCACUGAUUCUUAGCUGGCCAUAUGUGUCUGAAUGCUGGCAAUAUGCAGCAGAGUAUCCAUGACCUCUUUUACUACCCUUAUGCCAUUUGUUCAGUAAAGUGCUACGAAAUUAUAUCAUGAAAUUUUGGGUCAUUGGGGGCUCCCACAAAGGAUUCAAAUUAUGCCAUUGGUUUUCGUGCCUUUUGACUCGGAAAUGUUUAAUAUGAUCAUUAUGGACGUUCAGUGUCAUUAAUUGAACAAUUGUGAGCAGCUGAAAAAUAAAUGCAAGCUAUGUACUUAGAAAAAAGGUUGCAUGGUGAAAAUAAACUAAUAUUGCUGUUGUAU